CCAGAAGUUACUGACAGCUUCAUUGACAGCUUCAACAGAGCAGACGCUUUUAUGCAAAUUGUCACAAGGAGGCAACAGUAUAAAAUGUGCUUAUACUGUACCAAGUUAUCACUAUUCCAAAACAAUACCUGUUGAGAGAAAAAGAAACAAGAUGUGGAUAACUGGAGUGCAAUCCACCCUUACAAGACUCGACUUUGACUACAGUCCCAUAUCUAAACUUGAUCAAUCGCUAUGACCACUUUGACUGGAGAAGACUUUGACUUCACAUUCCUGGAGGAAGGUUUCUGUGCACGAGAUAUAGUGGAACAAAAGAUCAAUGAAUCAUCAUUAUCUGAUGAUAAAGAUGCCUUCUACGUGGCAGACCUUGGCGACAUUUUGAAGAAGCAUCUGCAAUGGGCACGCAUCUUACCCCGCGUCAUGCCGUUUUAUGCAGUGAAGUGCAAUGAAAGCAGGGCUGUCAUCACGACAUUGGCGUCUCUGGGAGCUGGAUUCGACUGUGCCAGCAAGACGGAGAUUCAGCUCGUUCAGUCUGUGGGGGUGGAGCCAAGCAGGAUCAUCUACGCAAACCCCUGUAAGCAGGUGUCUCAUAUUAAAUACGCCUCUGCCCAUGGGGUGCAAAUGAUGACCUUUGACAGUGAAGUAGAGCUUGUGAAGGUGGCACAAUGCCAUGACAAUGCCAAACUGGUUCUCCGUAUCACCACUGAUGACUCAAAGGCCAUGGUUAGGUUAAGCGUGAAGUUUGGAGCCACGUUAAAGACCAGCCGUCUGCUGCUGGAAAGGGCCAAGGAGUUGGGGUUAGAUGUGAUCGGAGUGAGUUUCCACGUGGGCAGCGGCUAUACUGAUCCUGAGACGUACACCCAGGCCAUCUCUGAUGCACGCUAUGUCUUUGACAUGGGGGCAGAGCUGGGAUACAACAUGACGCUGCUUGAUAUUGGAGGAGGAUUUCCAGGCUCUGAUGAUACCAAACUGAAGUUUGAAGAGAUUGCUGCUGUGGUAAAUUCUGCACUGGAUAAAUACUUCCCUGCUGACUGCAGUGUGAGGGUCAUUGCUGAACCUGGACGCUACUACGUGGCUUCGGCGUACACGCUGGCAGUCAACAUUAUUGCCAAAAAGGUCAUCGUGAAGGAGCAGUCAGCCUCUGAUGAAGAAGAAGAUGAUGGGGCCAAUGACAGAACCUUGAUGUAUUACGUGAACGAUGGCAUCUAUGGUACAUUCAGCUCUUCUCGGACCAUUCCUGUCUUGCCAAAUUUGUACAGGAAGCCCAAGCCUGAUGAGCGCAUGUACCAAUGCAGUAUUUGGGGUCCGACAUGUGACGGUCUAGACCGCAUCGUGGAGCAGUGCGGCCUGCCAGACAUGCAGGUGGGCGACUGGCUGUUGUUUGAGAAUAUGGGGGCCUACACCGUGGUCACAUCUUCCACCUUCAAUGGCUUCCAGAAACCUGAUAUUAAUUACAUCAUGUCCCGAGCAGCCUGGCAGUGCAUGCAGCAGAUCUGUGCACAGGGAUUGGCCGCUCAUACUGAGGAGCAGUGCACUGGACACAAGCCAUCCGACUAAAUGCGUGAGAGCAGCUUAGACGUUCCAGCCAAACCGUGCCCUACUCGUGUCCUCUGGGCUAUUGAAUGAUGGCAAUGGUUAGAUGUUUUAUUGUAAAUAUGCAACCCCUUUGGUCUGUGUACCUGCAAGCUGCAGAUACUGGGACCUGACAACACACAUUUUGGCACCAGGUUUUUUAUUUUAUUUUUUAUGA